GUUUGUCUUCCCUGUCCUAUAUACGCUACCGCCUAUUACUUUAGAAGUUCUUAUAUGUAAUUUCCUCCGGGAAGAACUCCCGAUGCUUAUAGUAUUUCGUAUCUCUAAUGAUAUAGCGGAACACAUGGUUGUUGUCUCUUUCUCUCCUAUAGACAAGUUAGGAGAUGAAAUCCUUCGAGACGGAUACUGCGCCUGGCCGUGUUAGGGGCAAAAGAUUGGAAGACGACGAUAGCGAGAGUUCUACUCCAAGGCAUGAUGAAGCUGGUCCGAGUAAUUCAAAAUCCAGCAUUCCGUUAUCAACUUCCUCUGCCAGUUUAAGCUCCGACAUAGCACCACCGAGGCGCCGCCGCGCCGCAUCUCGCACAUCGCAAUCAUGGGAUCCCUUUUCCGAUGGUCCCGUGCUUUUUACCGGAGGCUCACGCAAGGCUCCGGAGAGGGCCAGCGACGCCAAAGGGGCAAUAGUGUGCAGUUGGGUAUACCAGCAACAAAUCGAAAGGCAAUAUAUCACAGGCUUGAUACCCGGCGAGGGCUGUGUGGUAAAGAAAAGAAGAGGACAUUACGCUUGCUUCCCGCUAGAAAUUCAAAACGAACCCGACGGCUUGUACGAUAUGGCGAUAAAGAUGAAUGUCCCAUGCGCCAUGACGGUCAAUACCAGAGUCAUCGCCGUGGUACUGCACAACAGGGCCAGUCAAUAUCACAUCCCGCUUACUGGUGAUCUCUUCAUACAAGUUCUCCCGACCAUGGCUGACCUUGUACAUUGCCAAAGGCACCAUUUUGCCGCAUUUAUCGAUGAUAUCAAGAUUUUAGUCGUCUGGGACGAUAGCCCCAGGCAACUUAUAGAGAGGGCAGAUAACUUGGAAAAGGAGUUGUUGAGGAAGAUUUGGGGUCGUGCACCGGGCGAUAAGCCUGACGAUGAACUAGAAGGGAAGAGAAAAAGGGGUCGGGAGAGCCGAAUAACCAAAGUAACCGUAGCAGAGGUGGAUCCGGAGAAUACGUCCAAGGAAGAGCGGAGGAAAACCAAGCUUAGCAGCGCUUGCAUUGUGUCCGUUACGUUGGCCCUAUGUAUGACUUGCAUGGGCUUUGGUCUAAAGGCUCUGGCAUACGAAGUUGUCGUCAGUGGCUCGUAUAUUCGACUCGCACUUAUUAUCGUCAUCCCAGUCGAAGCAUGGGUUGCCUUCUUCUUUUUUCAGUCGCUGAUCACGAAUCUCUGGCAAAUCGGUGGCGAGAUCACUUGCGUUGAUGAAAACUCGAGGUUCUACUCCGGAAUAGCCCCGUCGCGACUCAAUCGGCACUUCGACUUUAUGCCCCACGUUACCAUCCAGAUGCCGGUGUACAAAGAGGGCCUAAAAGCAGUCAUUCAACCGUCGAUCGAAUCGCUGAAAAAAUGCAUUUCGACCUACGAGAUGCAAGGAGGUUCUGCCAACAUCUUCAUCAACGACGACGGAAUGCAGCUCAUUUCAGAUUCGGAUGCACAAGCCCGUCGGGAGUAUUAUGAGGAGAACAACAUCGGCUGGGUCGCCCGACCAGGGCAUAAUCCAAACCCAACGGACGGCAGCCGGCCAUUUCUCCGGCGGGGGAAAUUCAAGAAGGCGUCCAACAUGAAUUUCGGCUUGAUGAUAAGCAACCGCGUGGAAGAAAAACUGCUGCAGAUACCUAGACCGCCGGGUUGGACCAAUGUUGAUGAAAAGACUAUGUACAACCACUGUCUCGCAGAGGUUUUGGAGGAAGACGGGGAUCGCACCUGGGCCGAGGGUAACGUUCGUAUAGGCGACUACAUACUCAUAGUCGACUCUGAUACCCGUGUCCCAGAAGACUGUUUGUUGGACGCUGUCAGUGAAAUGGAACGAUCCCCUCAGGUGGCAAUACUUCAAUUUACGUCCGGGGUGAUGCAGGUAUCGACAUCUUUUUUCGAAAGCGGCGUUACGUGGUUCACGAACCUCAUCUAUACGGCCAUCACGUUUGUGGUGGCAAGUGGCGAUGCUUGCCCCUUUGUGGGCCACAACGCCGUGCUACGAUGGUCUGCCAUCCAGGACGCCGCCGCGUAUAAGGACGAGGACGGCUACGAGAAGUAUUGGUCUGAGAGUCACGUUUCCGAGGACUUCGAAAUGUCACUUAAGCUCCAAUGUGCCGGGUACGAGCUCAGGUUCGCAGCCUACACCGGAGAUGGCUUCCAGGAGGGUGUUUCCCUUACAGUCUACGACGAAUUGGCGCGAUGGGAAAAAUACGCCUACGGUUGUAAUGAACUUUUAUUUCACCCUCUGAGGUAUUGGUUCACCAAGGGCCCUAUAACACCUCUAUUUCGAAAAUUCAUUUUCUCCAACAUACAUCUACCCAAGAAGAUGACCAUCUGCGCGUACAUCGGCACGUACUAUGCCAUCGGAGCCUGCUGGAUAUUGACCCUGAUGAACUAUUUCCUGUCGGGAUGGUUCUUUGGGUUGUACGACAAAUUCUACUUAGACUCCUUUGCUAUAUUCGUCUCGGUAGUAGUCGUCUUUACGGGGCUUGGAAAUUUGUCCCUGGCUAUCUACAGGUAUCGUCUAAACGAUAUGUCGCUCGCCGGAGCCCUCUGGAACAACAUCAAAUGGAUCCCGCUGAUGACCGUCUUCCUGGGUGGUCUGUCUCUACACGUCUCACAGGCCCUGGUAUUCCAUUUCAUCGGCGUCGAUAUGAGCUGGGGUGCCACAGCGAAAGAAAUCGAGACUGUUGACUUUUUCCAAGAAAUACCCCGACUGUUCCGGCGCUUCAAAGGUACCUUCACCUGGUGUUUGUUCAUGGCGGCACUGAUCGUAUGCGGCUACUAUGCUUUCCCUAGCGAGUGGAGAAUCAUGCACUUCGCUUCUAUCUGGCCACUCGCGUGGACUGUCACCUGUCACCUUUUACUUCCCAUUGUAUUAAAUCCAGCGCUUAUGGUUUUUUCGUUUUAAUACAGGUAUAUACGGAGGAUUCUUAAUUUGUAACUACUACGAUGAUAUACAUACAGGGAGUAGUUAGCGGUUACGGCAUAGGUGGUUUCUAGAUCACUCUACGCCUGUUUUGUUAGAGGAGGAUGAACCUCUCUUCCAAGUUCCAUCGCUAUACACCUCGAAGCGAGCAGAAGCAAUGCCGAUACUUAACCUACUUAGGUUAGGUACCUACAUAGAGGUAGGUACCUAUAGAAUAAAGAGGCACAGAGCUUGUACAUAUAGUUUCAUCAAUCAUAAUACCUUUCUUUAAGGUCUAUUAAUAGAAAACCAUGAAUAGCGAUAUUCCGUAUACAGUCAUUGAGUUUAAGGAGAAAUUAUAAAAAGACAAGUAAAAUAGAGAGGACAGGGGAGAGAAAUAGAGCAUAAGGGAAAAUCGCGUUUGAGUCGUUCUAGGCAAGCUGGUAGCAACCAUGUUUUUUUUUUCUCCAGGUUAUGAGCGGUGAACAACAUCUACCUACUCCAAGUACCGCUACUUUAUGAGGUACCUACCUGGUAGGUACAAUACUUAGAUGGAUCAAAU